CGGACACUGCCACUGACACGUCCUUAGACUCACUCGAUGGCAAUCCAAUUCAGACCUACUGCCCCUAUCAUAACUCAUUGUUUGGAGCUCGGGGCGCCCAGACCGCUUCAUCCAGCGCCGACCCCAUGCAGAGAUACCUUGAUGCUCCAGUCUCAGAGCAUGUAAUAGCUCUCUUCGAUAAUCUUCGAAUCGGGACAUCCUUAUCGGCUGGUUGUACUUGCGGCUCCGUACCUCAGGAUACCGUCGAAGACUUGACCCGGACGGCUAUUCGUCUGCUCAAUACGCGCCCGGAACUGCGGCAGAACAUUGCAUCGAUUGAGCACACAGCCCAACCAUGAACGCGUCAUGAUGGAACCGCGCUCUAAACGAUAUGGAAUGCGAGCAUUGAUUUCCUUGGAGUCCCUAAGGCGGUGCAUUGGGAAGUCGUUUCCUUCCGUUCGCAUUUCACCUUUUUUUUCUCCUACCAAUCGGAUUGCGUGGUCUGCCCUAAACGGCUCACUUUUGAGACAUCCUUUUUGUUUGGGAGCUGAGGAUAUUUCAGCAAUUCUCGGUACCGAAGAGGCGCCGUACAAGAGCUAUGAUGCUUUUAAUACAGGAUGCGGGAGGGUGAAUGCUAGUUUAGCGCCGGCGCUAGUCCGGUUAGGCAUAGCGCUCACAACCUCAGCCUUCCUCGCGAGAAUGCGUCGUCCCUCUUCUGCAACAAUCACAUUGCGAGCUGACAUCCCACGCCCUGCAAGCGUCCUGAAACAUCUGGAAUAUUGCACGGUUCGGUUUGCAUCCCCUGGUAUAUACUGUUGUCGUGUGAACGACUUUUGUACUACCUUAAGGCUCUCGCUGACAGGCUGGUCGCUCGAAAUUCCGACAGGCCAUGAAACGCCGCUGUUGCGUGUGAUUGCCGGUCACAGAACCUCUAGAUUGCAGACGUUUGCCUUGUUGUCGGCCGCAGACGCGUUUCCAAUUCUUGGAGCACUCGACGCGAGACAUCAAAGAUACGCUGGCGAGGCCAGUGGCAGCGCAUCGGCAGCACCCCAGCACGGACAAUUGACGUCUCUUGACUUGGUCGGCCCGGUGCGAGCGAGUGCUCUUCCUCCCCUAGCCCAAGCCGUCCGGCAAGCCAGUAAAGGCCGGCAGCGUGACUUCUAGGUUCUGCAGCUUUCAGCCUAUCACGUCUCUGGCUAGGCGGGUGGCUUCUGCGAGG